AUAUAAUUAUAUAAGUUUAUUGUUCCUAGAUAACUACCAGUUAACUACAACAUAUAAAAAUUUAAGUGUAAAUUUCUGUAAAACACAGUGGGUACCAGUGUGUGCCGGAUAUACAGCUCGUACAGAGGUACAGCUUCUAUUUUAUUUUGCGAUUUGGCAAAGAAUCAACCUGGAAGGACAAGAUAGCUUGAACGAAUUUUUUUCUCUUUUUCGAAUUGCACAAAACCUCGUGUAUGACGAAGAAAGGCUCUUCGAAGUAUAGGAUGCAGGACCCAGUGCCGGGCAUUGGAAAGCCAAGUGUUUAUCAUGCAGUGAUUGUUAUUUUCCUUGAAUUCUUUGCAUGGGGCCUGUUAACCACUCCUAUGAUUGAUCUGUUGCGAGACACGUUUGAGCACCACACUCUGUUAAUAAAUGGAUUAAUUCAAGGAAUAAAGGGUAUCUUGUCGUUCCUGAGUGCCCCUUUACUUGGUGCGUUAUCAGAUGUAUGGGGUCGCAAGUCAUUCCUCCUACUUACUGUGUUCUUCACAUGUGCUCCAAUACCCCUCAUGCAACUUUCACCAUGGUGGUUUUUCGCAAUGACUUCAUUAUCAGGCAUGUUUGCUGUUACCUUCUCCAUUGUGUUUGCCUAUGUAGCUGAUAUCACUGAAGAAGUGAAUAGAAGUACAGCGUACGGACUAGUAUCGGCCACUUUCGCAGCAAGUCUUGUCACAAGUCCAGCUAUUGGAACAUACCUUAGCAGAGCAUAUGGUGAGGCAGCUGUGGUAGCAUUAGCCACUGCCAUUGCAGCUUUCGAUGUGUGUUUCAUCCUCGUUGCUGUACCUGAAUCCUUCCCAGAGAAACUGCGGCCAAAAUCUUGGGAGUCUCAGGUUUCGUGGGAGCAAGUUGAUCCAUUUGGGGCAUUAAAAAAUAUUGGCCAAGACAAGACCCUGCUGUUGGCAUGCACAGCUGUCUUUCUAUCCUAUCUUCCUGAAGCUGGACAGUACUCAUGUAUAGUUCUCUACCUGAGACAUGUUAUUGGCUUCAGUGAUGAGAAGGUGGCUUCAUACAUAGCAGUAGUUGGUGUAUUAUCCAUAGUCACACAGACUGCUAUCCUUACACUGCUGUUUCAGACUGUUGGAAACAGAAACACCAUCAUAAUGGGUCUCUCGUUCCAAAUUGGUCAAUUAAUAUGUUAUGCAUUUGGCAAAGUUGAAUGGAUGAUGUGGUUAGCAGGAUGUUUGGCUGCUUUGUCCAGUAUAAACUAUCCCUCACUCAGUUCACUUGUAUCCACUAUAUCCAGUAGUGAACAACAAGGUGUUGUGCAAGGUAUGGUUACCGGUAUUCGUGGACUAUGCAAUGGUUUAGGACCAGCCAUGUUUGGUCUCGCCUUCCACAUAUUUCAUGUCCAACUUGAUCCUGGUCCAAGCCAAUCAGCGGAGGACCAGGACCUGAUUGUAGGAAACAAUUCGGAAAUUGGUCUUCCUCUUCCUACAAACCCAGAGAUUAAAAAUCAAAUUUGUCCUGGAACUGCCAAACUACUGACAAUUUUGCCAGGACCUCCAUUUCUCUUUGGAGCCUUCACUGUGAUAAUGGCAAUGUUAAUUGCCUUCUUCAUUCCAAGAAAUAUCCAAAAUCCAUACCGCCAAGUGUCAACCAAAGACAGUGACUCGCAGCUAAAUGAGGGGAAUGCGCUUGUCUCUGUGAGUGGUUGUUCUUCAAAACACCGCACAGCACGAACUAAUAAAAAGAACGAUUAUGCUAAAAUGUCGGACUCCGACGAUGGAAUUACUAUACUCAAUCCCGACGAGAGUAUAUUAUAGCUCUAAAUAUUAGUUAAAUUUAACAUUGGUUUCAAUCUCUUAAAAAUGCAGUUUGUAAGUUUAAGUGGAGUUUUAUCAACAACUGUUUAUGGAGCUUGCUUUUUUCCAACGCAAAUUUUUAAUUCUCAAAUUUUCAAGCUGCAAAAAAGCAGAUUUUUUUCUUCUCUUGUAACUGCUUAGUUACUUGGUCUCACUUUUGCUAUACAGUGUAUGGUAUCCCAACUAAACCAGCUGAAUGUGUUUAGGUUAACAGUGUUCCUUUUUUGUUACUAGUUCAUGUUCCACAGGGUAUUUCAUACUCAGUAUGCUCCAAUGUAUUUCUCAACACUUGCAUUAUACUUUAUGGUCAAAGUGUCAAAUAACAUCCACAUUACUUGAUUUGCAAUUUUCCUGAGCCUUUCUUGCCUUGGUAGUUGCUUUCCAAGCUCUUUAAUUGAGAAAACUAAAAAUCUGCAGUUGCCUUUACUGGCUACAUGUUUACUUUCUGAUUGGUGCAUGGACUAGAGUUUUAUGUUUAACAUAGGACAUACACUGACUGCAUAGGAUGCAAUCGUGCAAUAAACAAAGAGUUUGACAA